GUACAUUUUCGUCCAAAAAUAAAAAAUAAAAAAUUUCACACACUUGAGUUGAGUUCAUCCUCUUCCUCCGUUUUCUCUCUAACCCCUUCUGUCAAACCCAUUUUUUCUCGAGAAAGAGACAGAACCCAUUUUCUCGAGAAAAUUAGAAAUAAUUUCAAUUAAUUAAAUUCAAACUUGUCCGAAAAUGGAGAGAACCGCAGAGGCCAAGCGGUGGCUAAGCACGGCGGAGAAACUUUUAGCGGCAAGAGAUCAUCUCGGAGCCAAGAGCUUCGCGAUCCGAGUCCGUGAGGUCUACCCUGGUCUUGAGACUGUCGACGACCUAGUUGCCGUCGCCGAUACUCUCCACGCUGCUGAGCAGCGGAUCAACAACCAGUAUGACUGGUACGCUAUCCUUCAGCUACCGAGGUACACUCAAAAUAUGGAACUCGUUGCGACUCAGUACCGCCGACUCGCUCUGCUCCUUAAUCCUCAUCGAAAUCGCUUACCUCACUCUGAUGAGGCUUUUCAGCUUGUUACUGAGGCCUGGGCUGUCUUAUCGAACCAGACGAGGAGGAAUUUCUUCCAUAGCGAGUUGAAUAUGUUUGCUAGGUACGAUUUCGGUGCCCCGGCUGGGCCUGGGUCAGGUUCGGGUCAGUUGUUUGAAAGGCAAUUCUUUCAGAGUCAUCAACAGCCGCAACCACCGCCACCUCCACCACCUCAGCAGCAACCACCGCCACCGCAACCACCACAGCCGUUGCAGCCGAAACCACAACAGCAUUCGCAAUCGCAAUCGCACUCGCUUCCUCAAUGGCAAUUUCAUCCUCCUCAACCUAAAUUUCAAACUCAAGCUCAGCCACAAGUACAAACUCAAUCAAGGGAGCAAACACCGCCUCAACCUCAAUCGAGAGAGCAACUGCUACCCCAACCCCAAUUCCAACCCCAACAGCAGCAACAUCAUCAAAUGAAGGAGCAACCACAGCCGCAGCCACAACCACAGCUACAGCAAUCUCAAUCGAAGGAGCACACACAACCACAAUCACAACCACUACCACAACAACAACCACAACCAGCAAGAAAAAACCUUGGAACAAUAGAUGGGAGAGUCGAGGAGAACGAGGAAGAAGAGGAGAGGCCAAAUCUCAACAAUGUGGCUGAGUCAACUCGUGCAUCUCUGCCGACUGAAACGAUUGAGGAAGCCGAGUACGAGGGUGAGAGCUUCUGGACUGCAUGCCCUUACUGCUAUGUCCUCUAUGAGUAUCCGAAGGGGUACGAAGAGUGUGUUCUACGUUGUCAGAACUGCAAGAGGGCUUUCCACGCGGCGGUGAUACCUUCCCCGCCGGUGAGAGGGAAAGAAGAUACUUACUUCUGUUGUUGGGGUUUUUUCCCUCUUGGGUUUUCAGGGAACGCCAAAGAUGUGAGUGGCUCUUCUGGUUGGACCCCAUUUUCGCCUAUGUUCUCUUGCCCCAUUCAAACCCCGGGAAAUAGAAGUGAUGAUGGGAAAGGAAAGAGACCCCGUGGUGGUUCCCCUAGGUUCAUUUAUAGAGACGAUGACAUUUUCGUAGAGCUUUCUGAUGACAGUGAUGAAUCCGACGAUGCUGACUGGCGGAAUACUAGGAGACUUAAGAGGACAAGAACUUCUACUAGGAGUAGAAAUACUCCUACCAAAAAUGCCAAGACAACAUCGACUACUACUAAUACAACGAGGGUAACAAGAGCCAGUCAGAAUGUAGGUGCUCGGGAUAAUGGUAGUAGUGCUAAUGGUGAGAAUGUAAAUGGUGCAAUUGGGUCCUCUAAAGGGCCACAAUCAAGAGGGGAGUUGAGGAAGACCAAGGCGGUGGCUAGUGGUGGGAAGAAGAAGGGGGCAGUGGAACGGAGUAAAUUGGAUUUGAAUGUGGAGUUUAGCAAUGAUGUGGAGGAGUCUGCUACAACUGGGGUGAAGAACAAGGGUAGAGAAGCAGGACAUGGGGAAGAGGAUAAUAUUGAAGGGAAUGGGUUUUUUGAGGGUCUUGAUGAGUUUCUUAGUAGCUUACCAAUCUUAAAUGUCGUAGGGGAUGACAAGGUUAAGGCUGCUUAGUAAAGUAAGACAAGACUCCUUUUCUUUUGUCAAUGCACCUGGAGGCUGGAGCUGUUAUAAUUGCUUGUAUGUUGUUUUGCUACAUUCCCCACUCCUUUUAGAUGCCUGAAAUGCGGAAAGGUGUAGAGCCUCUUUUGUAUUAUUUUCUAAUGGUUCUCACUUGGUUAAUUUUCAUAUAAAUUGGCAGCAUUGUUGUAUUUUGUAGCUUUUUAGAGGACAUCUUUUGUACUAGGUUGGUUAAGAUGUUCAAGAAGGCAUCUGUCUUUGAUUCAUGGAAGUCUCAAGUUAAGUAGACUAUAUUAUCAUGGAAGCUUGUCUUGUGAAA